AUGAAUUCUGAAACAAAUGCUACAGUUGUGACUAUUGGGGGAUAUGUGGAAGUUGAAAAGUAUAAAUUUGCGUAUUUUUUUACAAUGCUUUUGGUUUAUAUCGUCAUAAUCUGCAGUAAUGUCACUAUUGUGUGUCUCAUUUGGAUCCACCAAAACCUCCAUGAACCAAUGUACAUUUUCAUUGCUGCUUUGCUGUGUAACUCUGUUCUCUUCAGCUCGGUCAUCUACCCAAAAAUGAUGAUCGACGUUUUAUCUGAAAAGCAGGUUGUAACAUAUUCUGCGUGUAUUGCUCAAUGUUUCUUGUAUUAUUCUCUAAAUGGCUCUGAAUUUCUGCUUUUGGCGGCGAUGGCGUAUGAUCGAUUUGUGUCGAUAUGUAAACCGUUGCAAUAUCCAAAUAUAAUGGGGAAAAGCACCGUUUAUGGCUUUUUAGUUUUAGCUUGGCUGGUACCUAGCGUCCAAAUAUCUGUUCCCAAUAUACUAAUUGCUAAAACCAAAUUAUGUAACCCAACUUUAAAGGGAAUAUAUUGUAAUAAUUUAAUCUAUAAACUGCAUUGUACCAUGUCUAAAGCCAUGUCUAUCUAUGGAGUGGUUGUAUUGAUCAAUGUCGCAAUUUUGCCUGUGUUUUUCAUUCUGUUCACGUACGCUAAAAUAUUUGUGAUCACUUAUAGAAGCUGUAAAGAAGUGAGGAAAAAGGCAGCAGAGACGUGCUUGCCACAUCUGUUUGUUUUGAUCAAUUUCUCGUGUUUGCUGACGUACGACGUGGUCACGGUGAAGCUGGAGUUUGACGUGUCAAAGACUGUCCGACUCAUUAUGACUUUACAAGUGGUGCUGUAUCACCCACUUGUGAAUCCAAUCAUUUAUGGACUCAAAAUGAAGGAAAUCUCUAAGCAUUUAAAAAGAUUAUUUACAAUGGAAAAUGUAAAAAUGAUUGAGUAA